AUGGUCGAGAGGUACAUGCUUCUGCGUGCAGCUUUGCUUCAUGCUUCUCACAUGUUGGGCUUGUGCAGCUUACACUUGGAUGCAGAGCUUUGCCCGAGACAUUGCGUGCGUCCCUUUGUAGCCUCCCUCGCUUUUCUUUACAGCAUGGCUGAGGGUGACAUCUUCCCAGUGAACUUCGAGAAUCUUUCCGCUUGGGAGCUGUGGGACGCCUCUGAAUCCUUUUCGGGACGAGGAGGUUACUCUCGUGGAGAAUGGUUCGAGUUUUGGCGCACAGCUUUACAAGAACGUGUGUCAACACCGGCCCAGGAGGUGUGCUCUACUUUACCAGAGCCCUCCGAUGAGCUGGACGCGGCAACGGCAGAGGAUCCUACUCCUUUGCGUACCGAGGCGGAGGUCAUGGAUUCGCUAUCCUCGCGAUCUACAGUGCAGCAGUUGGCCACAGCUUUGCAGCUUUCCAUUCCAGUGUCAGCAGCAUCCCUUGGAGAUUCAACAUUGCUUUCGUUUGGCCUUGGCACUGUGAACCUGGAAGGUCUCGAUGCUUUAUUGGCAUCCAAAGGCUGGUCACCUGAUGCUGACGAGCUUCCUGUUCUCAGGAUGCUGUGGGUGCAGGCUCACAAAAUAUGCACUUUACCGUCAGUGGCCUCAGAUACCUCUGCGAGUACUUUGCAUUCCUCGUGGGCAGAGACCUUUCCUCCCAAGCUCUCCACUGAAACUACUUUACAGUUGAAGCGGGAUUUUGAGAAAGCCUAUCCCUCUGAAGUUCUCGACGAUACCAACUUUCCGAGUGCGCGAUUGCUUUCCCUUGCUUACCGGCUGAAAGGCACGACUGACUGGAAGUUCAUCUCAUGGAAACACAGGCUUUCGAAACAACAAGAAGAAGAUUACAACUCGGCUCGGCCCAGAAAGUUGGCGAGAUUUGAGAACUUUACCGACGUUCUUUACGAUGACGUGCCCUCGCGUAACGUUGCGGAGAAUAUGGGACUAUAUGGAAUAAGCAAUUUACUUUCCAUACAUUCCAACGCCCUCGCACUCGCGGACAUUGCCCACCUUGCUACUUUACGUUCCUAUGAGCGCAAGUUCCUGAAACAUGUUCAGGCGAGAACAGACCCAACUUUGCGCCCACCAAACGCACAGGAGUGCGAAGCCGCAGAUCGUCGAUGUUGGGAGGUCGUCGGUCAGCUCAGGCAGGAAGGCUGGUCGGUGGACGAUGCUUUGCAUGAGUUCACUGAUGUUCGUGCCGAGUUGGUUGCUUUGCUUGCUCCCCGGCUGGCUCCUUUUAAAGGCAAGAAAGGUGACGGCAAGGGCGGCAAGGAGCCCUGGAAGGGUCACCCUCAUAAGGGGGGCAAGGCCACGGGGGGCAAAGGUGGCUCGACUCCAGGAAAGGGUAAGUCUACCUUUACCAAAGGUACACAUGCCUUUGAGUGGGCAAACAAGGCGAAGAUCAAUGGAGAGACCAAGGUGCUUUGCAUGGCAUACAGUACCCACAAAGGUUGCACCUCCACCAAUUGCAAGUUUGAGCACCUUUGCCCCGUGAUCCUGGAGAAUGGUAAGAUUUGCCUGCAGAAGCAUCCGGCUUUUCAGCAUGCACAAAAGGCAGGCCUUUUCCUGGACAUCAACGGGGGGGCCCGGCGCCCUCUUUCAGCAGCAUUUCUUGGAGCUGGCUGUGAUACUUUCUCGGUCGCUCCCGAAGUUUUCCCCGAACGUGACCUUCUACAAGAUGAGUUCUUCUUUGCCUUGCUCAGGGUUUGUCACUCUGGGCAGGUUGCCCUUUUGCACAUCCUGCUUCGAGCCAGUGACUUCUCAUCGAUUCUUUUUGAGCGCAUGAUUCAGAUAGCACACGCAUGCUUUGCGGCGGGUUCUCACGUACUGCUUUCUCAACAUUCUACUUCUGCGGUCUGGACCCACGCGUCGGUGAUCUUUCUUUUGCAGCAGAUGAGUGCAGAUGCUAUUUUCUGGGACCCACAACGGUUUGGUUGCAACUUUGAAGGCUGUGGGCUCCUAGCUGCAUCCUUUUCAUCUCUGCAGUUUCUUGCCACUACAUCCUCGACGGGUUCUUCAAUGCAGGCCCAUCGGGAGUUCGACUCCUCUUCAUUGAGUGCGGACUUUGUGCUCGCAGUGGCCAAGGGUUCUUUGCACCUUUUCGCUCACAGAAGCCCGGAACCCAAAGAUUUGCAGCUAGACCAGAUUCCUUUUCUGAGGCAUGUCAAAGAGAGAUUCGAGCCACCCUUCGCCAACCAGGACGGCGCUGGGAUCUACUCGGUUGAGGCCUUUGCAGAUGCAAGAGCGGAUGGUGAGCUGGUUGGGUCCUGGUGUGGCCUUCUCAUUUUUCUUUGCCAGCUGGGACACAGGAAAGACAUGUGUCAGAUGAUGACUUGUGACAGAUGUUUGCCCGGGGUGCAGCACAUGCUCACCACCCGCAGGAUGAUUGCCCGGGGUGGUUCCUUUGCACCAGUGGGGGCCGGCACCUACUUUACCAACGUCAUCGGACGAGCCGGCCGACACUUUGCCCGGUCCUACGGAGGAGGCUGCAUCUUCUUUGCCCCCCGCCGCGUGCCUACCACUACUUUGCCCACUCCCUCCACGGAGGAGGCUGAUGAUAUGAACUAUGUGCCGUGGAACUUUGCGCAGCUCACGGAGCAAGAGUUGUGGCACGCGACAGCUUUCUUUGAAGAUUGGAUGGGGUACGACAGGCAGCAGUGGAUGGAGUUUUGGAUUUCUUUACGAAGUGCUCAGAGGGGCACGGAUCCUUUACAGCAACCUCAGGAUGAUGCUGGAUGUUCCUCUGCAGAUGCCGAUCCGACUACUUUGCCCUCCACGACUGCCACGACUUCUACCCCUACUUUACAGUCGCCAUCACCUUCCACAGCGACUACGGUGCCGGAGGCAGAUGCACAUGCUUUACCACGCGCCAAUGAAGGCCGUGAUGAGCCAACGGGUGGAGAAGGGCAUGGUGCUGCUUUACGCCCGCUGGAAGUUUGCCCGGGGUCUGGCUAUGUUUCUGCCACACCCUCACUUCGCAUCAUGCUUUGGAAUGCCGGGGGCCUCAACACCGCCAGGUUCGCUGAACUCCGUCAGUGGAUUGCGGCUACUCCCGAGGCACCUGACAUCUGUCUGAUCACUGAAAGUCACUGGAGUUUCAGCUGUGAGUACACCCAGGACUCCCAUCAUGUGAUUAACAGUGGUACUGGCUCCUGGCACGGUGGGGUCCUUGCCCUGGUCAGGAAAUCCCUCUGUCGUGCCGACCAGAUUCAAAUUCAGGAGGCCGUUCCCGGCCGACUCCUGCACGUCAGACUUGCACAUACCGCCACACCCGUAGAUGUGUUGCUGGUUUACCAGCAUGCCUGGAACGUCCGGGCGCAAUGUCAUGAAGAGCCAGGCGCGACCCCAGAGGCCACGCUGCUUGCUAAACGGUAUGAGAUCUGGACAGCUGUCGACAGGUGGAUCACCACCAUACCGUUCAGGCAUCAGCUUCUGAUCGCAGGCGAUCUCAAUUGUACACUCCGCCCGGAAGGUGCACUGGUGGGACGAGGUGUCACUACUGGCCAGCAUGCUGCCAAAGACAUUGGACGCAUUCAACAGGUCUUGCGUGAUCAUGAGCUCGUGGCUGUGAAUACUUGGAAGUCUGGCGGAUCUAGAGCUGGCACCUUCAGGCAAAGCAAUGGAACCCACACCCAGCUGGACUACUUCCUUAUGCGCCGAAGCCAGGUCACUGCUGUCUCACGCAGCGUAUGCAUCAAGCCCGAUCUGCCUUUUGUGCCAGUGAGCGGCAUGUUUCAUUUUCCGCUCUUCAUCACCUUCCCGGCUGCGCGUCGGCACAACUGGCGCGAGCCCCAGCCAAUCAAGGUGACUCUGCAGUCUGUCAAAACCGCCCUGGAGGCGGACCCCGCCCUUGCUGUUCAGUUCCAACAGGAGAUGCAACGACUACAGGCUGAGGGCAACUGUGCCACAGUUAAUCAGCAGCUACUGCAAGCUUGGUGUCAGAUCCGGCCGAAGCCGCCCAAGCCGCAACAUCGUGAUAAUGGUUUAGGCGGGACCAACACCACCAUGCUCAUCCGUGAUCUUUGGGAUAAGAGGCAAAUGGUGCGGCAUGCCGCCGACCAGGUGCGGACUUGUCUGGGUCCCCGAGGGUUGCACGGUGCUAGCUUUAGAGUAUGUGCUGCCCUCUUUGCACAGUGGCGGACGCAGGUGGCUGUCACCUCUGCGAGCAAACAUCUGCAGAAACACUGCAAACAGCAAAAACGCAAGCAAGUUGAACAACUUAUCGAUGAGGCCACUGCUGGUGGGCAGAGUUUGACUGGCUUACACCGCAUUAUGCGACGCAUUGCUCCUAAAACGCCUCGGAGGCGCAUGCAACUCCGUGGGCCGGAUGGCGAGCUCCUCAGUACAAAAGGCCAACUGCAAUUCAUUCAGGGUCACUUUAAACGGGUCUAUGCUGCCAACCCGUUGCCCAGUGCUUCGCAGCUAGCUUCAACAGAGGCCUGCGCCUCGCAACAUCUUUCAGUCACGGAUCAAAUGAGGCAGGUGCUCCCCUUGAAAGUGCCAGCCCCGGCCUUAACAGCGCCCGGGCCUCCAGGAUCUGUUCAGGUCUCUUCGGAGCUCGCUGCAGCCCCUGACAGACAGCCGGGGUACUGUGAGCCGCCCCCUUGGCCCCACUUGGCUGGACAAGACUAUUUUGCCGGGUCUUGGCAAGACCCGGCAAAAUACCUUUCGGCUGCCCAAAACCCGCCUGAUGCUCAUGAUGCUGGGUGGCAGGUGCGUCGAAGUGAGGGCCCCAACCAGCUCGCCGAGACCAAAUCGCCGCCUCGCAAGGAUCACAGUGCAGGUCAUGCUCCCGGCUGUACCACAGUUCGGCGAUUUUCAUUCAAUGUCACGAUUGAUGAGAUUGCUGAUGCUAUCUAG